AUGCCUGUUGAUGACAGCAUUCCUGAUUCUGGAUCAUUGCCCCUCAAUGUCCUGAUUAUUGGUGCAGGCAUCGCCGGCCUCUCGGCUGCGAUUGCAUUGGGAAAGCAAGGCCAUCAUGUUGUGAUCCUGGAGAAGUCUCGAUUUGCGAAAGAAACCGGUGCCGCUAUUCAUAUGCCUCCGAACUGUACAGCGCUGCUAAAUUGGAUGGAUAUUGACCCAAGAGAUUUCGGUGGCACCCUGCUUCACGAGAACAUCUGGAGGCUCAUUCUAACCGGCGUCGGCUGUAAAAGAUCCGCCGAUAUAGUUCACCGGGUAGAUCUGCACAACCACCUGAAAAAGCAGGCACUGAAAACAGCUACUUUGCAUACAGCUUGCAAGAUUUUUAGUAUAAACAUUGACGAGAGGAGAGUCAUCCUCGAAGAUGGCCUCCCUAGUGAUAGACUUCGAGAAAUCGACAGUACCAAUGACGCCAUCCGCAAUCCCGGCGUGUUCGUUGAAUGGGCAUCAGGGGACCGCAGACUCGUCGCUUAUCCGUGCACGAAUGAUACAAUUUAUAAUCUCUGCGCCUUUGUUCCGAGCGCCGAAGCUGGCGUGAAAGCAGAUGCAGGCUGGCAAGCUUCUGGUAGUAAACAGGCCCUUAUCGAGGCAUUUUCAACCUUCUCAGACGGCGUUCAAGAGAUGAUCAACCAAGCAGACGACAAUCUCAAGGUUUGGGAACUGCACGAUAUGGAAGCCCUCCCGAUCUGGACCAAAGAUCGGGCAGCGUUACUUGGGGAUGCAGCACAUCCAUUCCAACCAUAUAUGGGACAGGGCGGGGCAAUGGCCAUCGAAGAUGCCGUCAGUAUAGCGACCCUCUUGCCUCUAGGUACAAGUGUGGGAGAGAUCGCAUCUCGACUUCGCCUGUACGAAACAGCUCGACGGGCACGAGUCGAAUUGGUGCUAGAUUAUACACGGCUCAAUGGACGCGACGAGACUGACGCAGCUACAGGUGGAGCUCGCAUCUCACCUGUCAUUGCUGACCACUGUUCUUCGUUUGCUGCGUAG